UCAUCGGCCACUUUGCGCAAAUAGUUUUAGCGGCCGACCUAGACAGCCCGCCCUCACCUCUCUUUCCUUAUCCCCCUUCUUCCUACAAGGAACACACCUCAUUCCCCUCUACUGACUCCAUAAUGAGCACCUUUGGCAAGGCAUUCCGUUCGCACUGCAAGUCGGUCGGCUGCAUCAUCGACGGUGUCCCUCCCGGUAUGGCUCUGGCCGAGGACGACAUCCAGCCGCAACUCACGCGCCGCCGCCCGGGCCAAAGCAAGCUAACCACACCGCGCAACGAGAAGGACCGCGUCACGAUCCAAUCCGGAUGCGAGUUCGGCUACACUCUGGGCACACCGAUCGCCUUGACUGUCCAGAACCAGGACCAGCGGCCGCCUGAAAAGUACCUGAAGGAGGCGUAUGGCGUUGAGAUCGUUGCGUUUGUGUCCAGCGUCGGCGCUGUGGAGAUGAGCCUGAUGAAGGAGGAGCAGAGCAAGGCGAGCGGCAGCCAGAAGAUGCGUGAGCUGAUGGCCACCAUCACCAGAGAUGACGUCGACAAGAAUGCUGUGCGGUGCCCCGACGAGGACGCGUCGCGCGAGAUGCAGGACGUCAUUGUGGCGUGCACUGAGGAGAAGGACUCGACCGGCGGAACCGUCACGUGCGUGAUCCGCAACUGCCCCAGCGGUCUGGGCGAGCCCUGCUUUGACAAGCUUGAAGCGACGCUUGCCCACGCCAUGCUCUCGAUCCCGGCCACCAAGGGCUUCGAGGUCGGCUCCGGCUUCCGCGGCACGCAGCUGUAUGGCCAUGAGCACAACGACGCGUUCGAGUCUGACGGCAAGGGCGGCCUGCGCACCAAGACCAACCACUCGGGUGGAAUCCAGGGCGGAAUUUCCAACGGCGAGCACAUCUACUUCCGUGUCGCCUUCAAGCCGCCUGCCACGAUCUCGCAGGACCAGGAGACUUCCACCUACGACGGCAGCGAGGGUGUGCUGGCGGCCCGUGGUCGGCACGAUCCGUGCGUCGUGCCCCGUGCGGUGCCGAUCGUCGAGGCCAUGGCUACUUUGGUCAUCAUGGACGCUGUGCUGCAGCAGAAUGGCCGCACUGCGACCCGCCAGCUCCUGGCGCCAGUGCCCGAUAGCCUCAAGGGAAUCAAGCCCGUCUAAGCAGGAAUAAUUUCACAUAUACCCGUUGAUCACCCGCAUUCCCGGUGGGUAUGCCGGGGACUAGCGAAAGGAAACAUGCCAAUUAACAACCUCUCGCUCUUGAGCAAAUGGACAAUGUAUUAGAUGGCACACUGACUGCCUGUAUAUCGAUGAGCAAUGCGGGG